AUGGCGGACCAAAAGCUGGUCUGGAAUCCUGACAACAUACGCGAUGUCGCCGAAUCUGUCGGCAUAUCAGCCUUGAAUGAAGAUGCCGUUCGGACUUUGGCGAACGAAGUGGAAUACAGGCUCAGCCAGGUCAUCGUGGAGGCCAUGCGAUUCAUGCACCAGGGAAAGAGGACGGUGCUGGGGACCCAGGAUAUCUCCCAGGCGCUGAAAGUGCUGGACGUGGAACCGCUAUAUGGCUAUGAGUCUACCAGGCCGCUGAGAUUUGGGGAGGCCUCGCUGGGGCCAGGACAACCGCUGUAUUACAUCGAAGAUGAGGAGGUUGACUUUGAGAAGUUAAUCAAUGCGCCGCUUCCGAAGGUCCCGAGGGAUGUCUCGUUUACUGCACACUGGCUUGCGGUCGAAGGUGUUCAGCCUUUGAUACCGCAGAACCCAAGCACAGCAGAAGCUCGCGCGGACGCAUCAGUAGCCAAAGGACCAGGUGCAAACCCAACCCUGGCAGCCCUUGCAGGCAACGACAAUGUCCCUGGCAAGCCGCUGGUCAAGCAUAUUGUCUCUAAGGAAAUGAUCCUCUUCUUCGACAAGAUCAAGGCGGCUAUCCUUGACGAAAGUCUCGAUCCAGAAGUCGUUCUUCUACGAAAUACCGCCUUCCAAAGCGUCCGUUCAGAUCCCGGGCUGGCCCAGCUCGUCCCGUACUUUCUCCAAUUCGUCGCCGAGAAAGUCACUCAUUCCCUCGGCAACCUCUUCGUCCUCCGGCAGAUGAUCGAGCUUACCCAAGCCGUAAUCGAGAACAAAUCUCACUACGCCGACCCGUACGCACUCUCGCUCACCGCUCCCAUCGUCACCUGUAUCAUCGGACGUAAUCUAGGCGGCGAGGCCGCACACUUGAAAGAUCAAUAUGAAGUCCGAGACCUCGCCGUAUCGCUGCUCGGUCAGGUCGUCCGCAAAUACUCUACCUCGAGCACGAUGCUCAAAGCCAAACUCACCAGGACCUUCCUCAAGAACUUCCUCGAUCCCGCGAAACCACUAGAUGUCCACUAUGGAGCAAUGUGUGGUCUCGCUACCGUCGGCGGCCCUAAUGCAAUCUCAGCGCUCAUCCUCCCAACUCUCAAGAAAUACGACGAGGAGAUCCUAUCCAGAGCCCAAAACGAGCUCGGGCCAAGUAAUGAGCGAGUCUUGAUGAUGACUGCAGCCCUCGUGAAAGCAGUCAUGAGCCUAGUUGACAGUCCACCCGCCGCAGAAACGAAUGGCACAAACGGCAACGCGGCGGAGGGGCAGCUGAUUGAGGACUACCUAGGCCCUAUAAUCGGUGGACGGGUCGCUGCGCUGGGAAACCACAAGCUGAACGAAGCGGUACUGAAGUCGAGGGAACAACCAUCUUGA